UUCGAGAAUACUUCGUGUCCUGGCAUCAUGGAACAGCAGAAAUUGACGGCGAUCAAGGUCGGGUACAACGGCGAGAUCCACCGCCUCCGCGUCGACUUGACGACGUUCACGUUUGCGGACUUGCAAGCGCUCUUCGCAACGACGUUCUCGUUGGCACCUGCAUCCUUCGUCAUUCAGUACAAGGAUAACGAGACGGACUGUGUGACGGUCAAUUCAAGCUCAGACUUCGAAGAAGCCUGCCGCUUCUUCAUGACUUCGGCAGAUGAAGCCAAGAGCUUGCGCUUCAUUGCCGUGCCGUCGACUCCUCUCGUCUUUAACGACAACGUUGCCGAACCAAUCCUUAAGGUCAUUGAGCACUUGGUCCAAACGUUGAAUGAAGCCAUGGAAAAAGUAAAGCAGGAACAAUGGGCUGCCAAGGCACAAGAAAACGCACGUGACUUCGCCGCCAAGGCUCAAGUGAGCGCCGGUGAAUGGGCUUCUCAGGCCCAAGUAAACGCGGGUGUUUGGUCCAACAAGGCGUCGGACGCCAUGAACACAAGUGGCGAGAAGCUGAGCGAAGCGUUUGCCCAAACCAGCGUGAUUGUAAACGAAAAGCUAGCUGAAGCUGGCGCUGUGUUGGGUCCUUUGGCCUCGAAGACAUUGGAGGAAUCCAAGGCUGCCUUCGAAGCGGCGAAGAAGGGAUUGAACGAGAUUGAAUUCGACAAGAUCAAGCAAAGUCUGAACGAAAUUGAAUUCGACCGUUUGAUGAAAGAUGCCACCGAAGGUAUGAAGGCCGCAGCUGUCGUUGCCACCAACUACGCAAACAACUUGGUGAGCGAACUGAACAAGCUCAAAGAUCACACUGUUGAAGUGACCGUCGUCCCCGUCGAUGCUCCUGUCGCCGUGGCCGUCGAAGCCCCUGCGGAGGACGAUGUCGUUGAAGUUGCCGUGCCGGUGCAUGAAGCGACUGCCGAAGCCGAAUGGGAACAAGUUCAAGAAGAAGUGGCUGCCCCUACGCCGUCUGCCGAGGAGCUCAAGUGGGCGGCACAAUUGGCCCUUGUCCGCGAAGUAUUUCCCACCUCGUCGACCGACUCUGUCGUGGCGCUGUUGGAAGCUGCCCACGGCGACGUGCACGUGGUGUUGAACCAGCUCUUCGAGUUGUAAGCGGAUAUCGCACCAGCUUUCGCCCUCCUUGGCGUAACCAUUUAUAUAUUCUAUCAGCCUGACCUUUAUUU